AUGUCGGCGUUGGUGCGGAUCACUACGGGCAUCAUGCCCCAGCACAGCCGAGUGGGCAUGUCAAGGGCUAUGGCGCAGUUUGGGGAGGUGGUUCACUGCCACAAGCCACCGUACAGCGGCAUCCCGGGAGAGGACUUUGUCAAUGUCCGCUUCGGAGUCCCGGCGGGACCAGACCGCGGGGUGCCGAGCCGGGUGCUGAGAACACAGGAGGCCGCGGACCGGGCCUAUGUGGCCUUGAAGGCGGGACAAGUCUUUGUGGAUGGCUUCCCCGUGGGCGUGGGACCUGCCGGUGGCCCCAAGGGCAAUGAUGGUCCGAUGGCCAUUACCAACUCCGGCGGGCCACCGCGGAGGCCCCGUAGCCGAAGCCCUCCACGUCUGUAUGGCCGCAACCGCGCGCGCAGCCCCAUGCGCGGGGGCCGCUCGCCGGACGCGCGGAUUGGGGGUUGCAGUUCUUUAGCCCACCCCAGAUGUGACGCCGCUUUCGCUGGCCUUCCAGGUGAAGCUCCACGCGCCAACUUCCCCUCGCGCAACGACCCCAAGAGCCCCUCUCCGCGGCGACUCCUGCGCGACAUGGGCGGGCGCAGGUCCAGGAGCCGCUCCUAUCCCCGUGAGCGACGGCGCGAAGAGCGCGCGAGCGAAUUCUCCGGAGGAGCUUCAAAUGCGUCGCGUUUGACCGGGCAAAGCCGAGUGGUGGCGUUCAACACCAUAUCCCCAACUCAGAACUGUUCAGCGCCCUUUUCCGAUGUGAAGAACCCCUUCUUCCGAGCCGAUCGCAGCCCAUCCAUGGUGGACUCCGACAAAGCCGCUGGUGGCUCCAGUGGCUCGUCUAGCAGUGAAUGGGAUGAGUGGGUGGCAGAUGGCAAGAAAUCGCCAUUCUUGGGCCCUUACGAGUUGAGUCAGUCCAUCGGUCCCGCCCUGGCCAUGCUGGUUGGGCCGGUGAAAGUUCCAGAAGCAGAUCCAGAAGUCAAAGAUCCUGGAAAAGAGCUCAAUUUCUCCAAGUACCUCCCGUGCCGAGCGAUCCGGAGGUGGCUUGGCGCGAUGUUCAAGGAGUGGAGCUCCCAGAAAUCCAAAGGUGAAUGGUCAAUGGUGGUCAAGGCCAUGUAUGCAGAAGAGUGGCAGGGCUGGGAUGAUUUCCUCGGGGUGAUUUUGCCCUUUGCCCAGGCACGUUUGGUCUCGAGACUCUUGGGCCUUAAGAACCAAGAGUCCUGGUAUCGCUUCGUGGAGGCCGACCCCGUGCGUCUCCGAAGCCUACGGCUCCCCGCCCUACCCGCGGUCUACUACCGCAACGACUGGCAGGGCUAUGAGGAGUGUCCAAGAGCAGCGUGCGGUUUCGGUGGGGCAACUUGCGCGGAGGUGUUUUCCAAGAAACGACCCGGUUUUGGAUCGCAAUGA